AUGGUACUUUCAAAACGACGUUCGGAAUUUGGACGGUGUCAGAAUCGUCGUCGGAAGUUGAGGGGGUUCUUCAUUGAUAAAUUAAUUGGGGGUCCAUCACGGCAGUGUGAGGUUUUCAAUCAAGCUCCGUCCAAGUACAAGUGCCCUUCUUGUUUUCUUCCUUAUUGUUCUCUUCCAUGUCUUAAGACACGUAAAGAAACUUGUGUGAAACCGGAAUCCACACAAGACAAAUCGGGAAUGUCUAGUGUGAACUCAGGUUUCGUUAAUGAUGCUGCAACAAGUAGUGUCAAGCCGAAGUCCACCAUCGAUGUUGUGACCCCCAGUGUCAAGCUAGAAUUAUCUGAAGGAAGAGGCAGUGCUAAUCAAGAAUUUCAAUUGGAAAGGAAACUAGAAGUUGAUGACCCAAGUGAAGUGCUACAAAUAAUGCAGAUGCAGGCUAUUGUAGCUUCUUCCGAUGAAGUCCGUGAAGCCUUGAAGGUGAUAGGAUUUCAUCUGCGAUCAAUCCGUGACCGCGUACGGUGAGGAACUGGCCUGCUGUUUUAGCUUGGUCAGCGAUUGAUGCUUCUGCUUGCUGUUCCAUCAUUUCGGCAACCCCAUGACGGGAUUCGAGGCC